UGUCUGUACAGUGACUGUCAAAGGAAGCGGAAACUGUAAACACUGAGCAUGGCAGAAGUUGGCGUAAAUAAAAGUGAUUCUACGGAUGUUCUACAGAGCGUCGUACCAGAUGAUGAGGGAAAAGACAAGUUUAAGAGAGCCGAACACAUCUUGUUUUACAAGAGACAGAAAGCCAAAGGUGCGUCUCAGUAUUGUGCCUUACUGGACACUGUAGUUCUGCAAGAGAGAGCAGCAUCUGUGGAGCUUUUGGAGUCCAGCUCUCAGGAGCAUUUUCUUUUGCAAAUCCAUGAAAGUUCUAAUGGAACACUGAGAUUUACCAUUGAUGAACUGCAGCCUGUCAGAGAACGCUAUAAAGCUGCAGAUGUCUUGAUUGGGGAGACAAACUAUGAACAGUUGAGGAUUGAGUGGAAGAGAACUGACUGUGUUUCUCUGACAUGGGGUUCAGGGCAGUACCAUGUGCAGGUCUUUGCCUUUCCAUUUAAAUUAGAAAUUGUCUAUGAGGAAGAAGUGAUGGUGACAUUUAAUCCUGAAGGAAGACUCUGCUUUGAGACACAGUUUAAUCUUGCCAGCCCAAUCUCAUGUUCACACCAGGGUGAAGAAAAUCCUUCAGGGGUGUUGAAGGAGACCUUCAGACAGUUUGAAGACAUCAAAGCACAUGGCAACAGUUCAGUGGGUAUUGACCUUAGGCUGCAUGGUUUCAGCCAUAUUUAUGGCAUUCCAGAGCAUGCUGAUUCUUUCCAGUUGAAAGACACCAGUGGCAGUGAGCCAUAUCGAUUGUACAACCUGGAUGUGUUUGCCUAUGAGAUCAACAGCAGACAGGGGCUUUAUGGUUCAGUUCCUCUUCUGCUAGCUCACAAACCAGACAGGACGCUGGGGGUGUUCUGGCUUAAUGCCUCUGAAACUCUUGUUGAUCUGCAGUAUGGCUCAACCUAUUCAGAGCAGGGAGAGGAUGGCCCACCGGUGAAGAAGAGCAGGGUAAAUCCUCAAACUGAUAUGAGCUGGGUUUCAGAGAGUGGACGAAUUGAUUGUUUUAUACUUCUUGGACCUUCACCUGCCCAAGUGUUUUCACAGUAUGCACAACUUACAGGGUAUCAAGCAUUGCCACCUUUGUUUUCGCUGGGAUAUCACCAGUGUCGCUGGAACUACUUGGAUGAAGAGGACGUGAAAGCUGUGGAUGCUGGCUUCGACCUCCAUAACAUCCCUUAUGAUGUAAUCUGGCUGGACAUAGAACACACUGAAGGGAAGCGUUAUUUCACCUGGGACUCCAAACUGUUUUCUAACCCGGUGGACAUGCAGCUCCAUCUGCAGAGAAAGAAAAGGAAGUUGGUGGUUAUCAGUGACCCUCAUAUCAAGGCUGACCCUGACUGGCCUUUUUUCUGUGCAGCCAGAGAUGGAGGACAUUUUGUAAAGAACAAAGCUGGUGGUGUUUAUCAUGGAUCAUGCUGGCCAGGUGAUUCCUGCUAUUUGGAUUUCAGUAGCCCAAGGACAAGGUCGUGGUAUGCCAGGCAGUUUUCAUUUGACAAAUAUAAAGGGUCUACAGAGUCCUUGUUUGUGUGGAUUGACAUGAACGAGCCCUCUGUCUUUAAUGGACCAGAGCAGACAAUGCCUAAAGACGUGGUUCAUUGUUCAGGCAGGGAACACAGGGAAUUACACAACCUGUAUGGCUUCUUCCAGCAUAUGGCUACUGCUGAGGGUUUGAUAACUCGAUCUGGUGGCUUGGAGAGACCAUUUGUUCUUUCACGUUCCUUCUUUGCAGGGUCUCAGAGAAUGGGUGCAAUAUGGACAGGGGACAAUGUUGCUACCUGGGACUAUCUGAAGAUCUCAAUCCCUAUGCUGUUGUCACUAAGUGUCACUGGAAUUCAGUUUUGUGGGGCUGAUGUAGGAGGCUUUGUACAGGAUCCUGACCCUGAGUUGCUGGUGCGCUGGUACCAGGCAGGGGCGCUACAACCCUUCUAUAGAGGCCACUCAGCUAAACAGACCAAACGGCGUGAGCCAUGGCUGUUUGGAAACACAGUCACUUCAGCAGUACGAUCGGCAAUUAAGCAGAGAUACUGCCUCCUGCCUUAUUGGUACACUCUCUUUCACCUAGCCCAUACCUCAGCACUGCCCCCAAUGAGACCACUGUGGGUGGAGUUCCCAAGGGAGAUAGAAACCUUCACUGUGGAAAACCAGUACAUGAUUGGCAGUGCACUCCUGGCUUGUCCUGUGACUGACCCUGGAGUCACAGAGGUCAAGAUUUUACUGCCAGGUUCAGAUGAGCUGUGGUAUGAUGUCAGUAACGGUGAGGUGCACAGAGGAGGCAAGACCCUGACACUUCCUGUGACUCUGGAGACAGUGCCUGUGCUCCAGCGUGGAGGAACCAUCGUGACCAGAAGAACAGGCUGUGGUUCCUGCACUGCUGAUCUCCAACAACAUCCCUUCACUCUCACUAUAGCUUUGGAUUCGAAGGGUAAAGCUGAAGGUCUGCUGUAUGAGGAUGAUGGACACUCCUUCAGCUAUAGGGACAAAAAGCAGUACUGUUUGCGUAAAUUCUCUAUGCAGUCUGGCAGACUCAUGAGCAGCAGUGCAGAUGAAGAAUCGCUCUUUAUCUCGGGUGGCAAACUCGAGUCAGUGGUGAUUCUGGGUCAGAAGAGUAUGCAAAGGAAACCAACACUAACAUCAGCUUCUGGGAAUACCACAAUCUCAUUUCAGAUGGAACCAAAACAAGCUCUUCUGAAGCUGACUGGAUUGGACCUGAAAAUAGACACAGAUUGGGAAAUCAUAAUAUAACAACAUAUAAGUAGGUAGUUAGGAAAUCUUUAGCAGCAAUUUUUGUUAGUUGCUGUGUAUUUGAGUUUUAUUGUUUUUAUUGUAAUUAUAUAUUUUUAAGCAUUGGAUUUAAAUUUGAUUUGUUUUAUGUGAAUCAUACUGACAAAGGCAAAUAAUCGUGAGAUCGGCAAUUCAUUUUCUCAGUGGAACCCUUUCUGAACGGAACUCAAAACGGAAGUUGAAAAUUUAAACAUCUAUUUGAUUUAUUUGCUUCCUGUUUUGUUUUAAUGUCUAGCCAUAAAGCCCUGCAUUUAUUUACAUGAUUUAUGUAACUGUGUGAUGUUUUGUUAUAUAAAGACAUGGAAAUGAAAACAACCUGUUGUGUUUGUGACCU